AUGCAUAAACAUGUGUUCGCAUAUUUACGCUUCGACUGGAACGAAGGGGGUCACCGGCUAGUAUGCACUUGGAAUGCUGAUCGCAAACAAGACGAGUGGUUGGCCAAGACCAAAGGUGUUUCUAAUGUAUCGAGUGCUUGCCAUUCUGGGACACUUCAGAACACUGGCCUUACACCCAGCGGGACUGUUGCGUUAGGUGAGGGUGCUGCGAACAAAGGCAAAGGCAUAGGUAGCCGCACUACGGGUGUAGAGAUUGGCGCCAGUUUGUUACUAUCAACCAGUAGAUCUAUACAGAUAGAUGGGGGCGGCACCGAUGCUGGAUGUGCAAACGCCAACAGCACUAUCGAGCGGGAUGCGGUCAGUACAAGGGACUCUGGGAAUAUACCACCCAGCCAAUCUAAGGAGAUGGAUGAGCACAAUGUAAACACUGGUACAGUUAUAACCAGCCAUACUGUUGAGAUAGAUGAAGACAAUGCAAACACUGGCAAAGGUAUACCCAGCCAAACUAUGGCGAUAGGUGAACGCAGUAGAGAGACUACUACUACUACUAGCUGUGUCAUUGAUGUCGAUUCAUUCGUUUUCGAGGACGCGCCCUUGAUUCAAACCGAUUGCAAGGCUGAAUUAGUCAGAGCUCAUACAGAAGACCCAGGACAGACGCUAGCAGCACCGGUGAUUCCACAGUCAGCGGAAGCGCACCAGCCCACGUGCAAGGAUACAGUACCGAUACCAAAAUGCCAAUCCGAAUCCAGAGACAAAGUUAAAAAAGGGAGAACAAAGAAAUCCAAGCACAAGGUUCCGAAGAAUGAUAGCGCAAGGCCAUCAACGGGCCAGCCGACUUCCAGACCAAAAGUGGAAAUGGGCCAAUCAACGCCGAAACUUGAAGUGUCGGCGGGUGCGAAGACCUUGUCCGUUGUUUAUGAGGCACAAGCAGAGCAGAUAAACGAUGCUGCUUCAGUGGCUAACCAAUCGGCAACAAAAACUCAAUCGCAAACGCACACGUACAAACGAAUGUCAGAUUCUGGGCAGUCUCCGGUAACAUCUCCGCUGGGAGUGAACCAGUGCGCGCAAGAGACUUUGGCAGCGGCGGUGACCAAACGACGGCGAGUCAGUGCCGCUGGCGAUAAUCUCGCGGCGACUAUAGCUGGAGUACCGGGAGGGCUAUUGGAUACUCACACACGCUUUACCCCACAGGCAGGGAUUGAUACAGGACCAGCCGCAAGAGAACAUAAAGGACUGUAUCUGUAUGCAUGCAAGCAGGGCGAGUGUCGGGCGAGCUUUGCAAGUAUCAAAAAGCUCCUUGUCCACGAGGAAGGGCACGAGGAUGCGAAGGUGUAUGUGUGCCAAUGGGGCAGGUGUGCGCAGAAGUUUGAUAUCAAGACUGGUUUAAUGGCCCACGCCAAGUCCCACAAGGGCGUCCAGGCGUUCGAGUGCAGUGUUCCGAACUGCCACCGGAUGUUUGCGAGUAAGCAAGCUCUGAUAGCCCACACCAGGACACAUCCUGGCAAUGGGGCUGGUGCUGCUGACGGUGGCAGGAAGACUAAUUCCGACUAUAGCGGUGGCCAGAUUAAUUCUUCUUAUAGUGGCAAUCAGACUAAUUCCACUGAUAGUGGCAGCCUGACUGAUUCUGUGGAUAGUGGCUGCCCGAGUACUUCUGGGUCCGACGCGGAAGGGCAUGUAUCCUUGGCAACACAGAAGAGUGUGUCUGCCUUUGUCUGUCCCCAGACUGCGUGUAGGAAGAAGUGCGGUACUAGGAAAGCGCUUGCGGAACAUGUAGAUGCCUACCACGGGUCAGCCGAGUCUCUCCAUAUACAGACAACUGUGCAUAAUCACAACCCGCCCACCACAGGUAUACCAGCCACUACAACACCGACCGACCCAGUAAACAACACACCUGUACCUGUAGAAGCCAAUGAUUGUGUGUAUCUGUAUCCGUGCACAUGGGAAGGGUGCAGCCUCGUGCUCACCACACGCGUUGGUUUGCUGGCGCACUGUAAGAGUGUACAUUGCACGGCCCGCCCGUACCCGUGCAAGUGGGAGAAGUGCGGAGAAGCGUUCAAGCGAAAGGAAGAGCUGUACGCACACGUGGAGGCCCAUCUCAGAGUACCGUGGCAUCGGUGUGCCCACGUGGGCUGUGGCGAGCGGUUCAAAAGCGAGGGCGAACUGAGCGCGCAUGCGGCGGGCCAUACGAUUAGUCGGAAGAGAUACAUAUGCACACAGAGUGGGUGUGGUAAAAGGUUUCUGGAAGCGGAGUUGCUACAGAAGCAUGUGAACGCGUGUGGGAAGUAUAGGGAGUAUAUAGCGCUCGAUUGAUGCAUCUCUGAGAGGGGGCAAGAGGGUGGGUUAGAGUUUCUAUGUACAGAACAUCUCUAUACUUCUAUGAACUCUCACGAGAAUUUCAGGUCACCGGAAACUGUGGAGAUUGUAUCUUUCUGGCCUUUAAGUACUCGGAAGAAAGCUCGAGGAACUGUGAUUGGAUGAGGAUGUAGCUAAGCUGCAAUCGACACAUCAGAGUGCGCAAUCCAGAAUGUAGCUUCGCUCGUUGCAGUGGCUGUGGAAUUGUUCGUGUUUCCCAUGCGGACUUACGACAAGUUUGUCAUUGCCAGACGUGCGAUAAACAAGGCAUUGUCAGGCGUACGACAAGCAAGUCAUUGUCAAACAUGCGACAAAUAU